AUGUAUUUCAAGUCCCUCGUUAUCCCAGCGCUCUUUGCUACUGUGAGAGCAGCUGAAGAUGGUGUUCGUUACGAAACCCGUACUGCCACCAUCACGCAAUGCUUCACUCGUGAUGCUCUAGCUGCGCCUACUGCCGUGGUCAUCGGCGCCACAGCCAUCGUCCACGAGCCAGCUGUCACUGGAGGACCCAUCAUCGUCGAGGUUGAUGCUCCCAACUGCGAGUCCUGCGGCUGCCCUACAUGCGUGCACACUGUUGAGUACACCACCAAGUUCCAAUGCUUCUGCUCCACAGGUCUCUGCGAUCAGGAGUAUUCCAUCAAGGAGAAGUACAGUGGUAUGAAGGACAAGCCGUCCAUGGACUCGCACUCUAUCCCGAUUGGAUUCACUUGUGAUGUGCAGACUUGCACCACUUGUGGUCCUGAGCCCGUCACUGCGACUAUCACGUACCCCGUGAAGGAUCGUCCUUAUAUGAACAAUGUUGCGCAUCCGACUGCGGCACCGCCUUCUGGAGGCAAGGGUGGUGACUACAAACCUGAAGGUGACAACAAGGGUCAAGAUUACGACAAUGGUUCCAAGUAUGACAACAAACCUGAAGGUGACAGCAAGGGUCAAGAUUAUGACAAUGGUUCCAAGUAUGAUAACGGUGCCAAACCUGUCGACGAACCCAGCUACCCCGAUGCUCCUGUUCCUGCCAAGAAACCCGAAGGACAACCCAUGCCUGCGCCUAUGCCCAAGCCUAAUGAGAGCAAUGGGUUCUACUCGAGUGUCAAGCCUACCUCGGAUUCUGGUGCUCAAGAAAGUGGUUAUCCCGGAGCUGGAGAUGAACACCCCGUCAUUGUGUCAGCAGCUGCAGGCCAACAAGUUGGGAUUAUUGGUGCGGGAGUGGCUGUCGUUAUGGUUCUACUUUCUCUUUAG